AUGUCGACUAUCCCCGCGCUCGCUCAGCGAUCAGCUUCUAUCCCGCAAACAUACACCCCCUUUCCCUCCUCGUCCACCGCGCCUGCACACCGCACGCGCGGUAUCCACGUCAUCAUCCCUUCCACGCAGUCGGCCGCGCGCGCCGUCACGCCCACCACCACACCCGUUCACGGGCACUCCUUGAGCUCGGCCGCGUCGUCGCCCCACGCGCUCUACAAAGUCCUUGACACGCCCGUGACCCCCACGCACGGACACGGCGACUUUGUGGUCUCUUCUUCAUACCACUCCGCCCCGACGACGCCAACACAGGCGCGCAUGUCUGCGCGCACGAGGCGGAGGAACAGCUUGCUCUCGGUCUCGAGUGCUAUGGAGGCCGAUGUCGACGCGCCCUCUCCCGCGGCUGGAGACCUGAUGAUGUCGCCCAUGGAGGAAGAGGAUGCGGAGCACGAGCACGAAGGGCUCCACGGCGAUGAAAACGACGACGAGCACGAAAGCGAGGGCGCUACUGGCGCGGAGAGCAAGGGCACGGGGUCUUCGGUGGACGAGUUGCACAUGGAUGCACCUGUACUGACUGCUGCUUGA